AUGUCUUACAAUGUUUACAAAACGAACAUGGCUGAUUGCUUAAAUAAACUAAGAGUAUAUGACCUCAAUCAGCUAUGUAGAAAAUUCCUGCUUCCACAACAUGGAAAAAAAGUCGCCAUCGUGGAACGAAUUUUGGAAUACAUCACCGAUGUGGAGAGGGAGGAGCAAAUUUAUGAAUUCAUCUUAGCAAUCAAGCCGUCUAUAUUUGAGAUAAUUAACGGCAAGAGAAUAAACAACGCUUUUAAUAACAGUAAUAAUAAUAACGCGCAUAAUGGCGCACAUAACAAUACGCAUAGCAAUAGUAGCGGUAGUAAUAAAUAUCUGAGCAGUAGUAAUAAUUUCUUCCUAGGAAGUAACAACGGAAAUAGCAGUUCUUUCUGUAACAAUAGUCACAACAUCAAUUUUGCGAAUAAUGAAAUUCUCGCAGAAAAGAAGAGUGGCACUUCCCCCGUAGUGCGGAAGGGAAAGGCGGCCAAAAUAUACCAAGAGGACAGCGACUUCUCCUCCUGCGUGUGCGGAGGCAUGUCCAAAAAUAUAAGUAGCAAAAAUGGGAUCGUAAAAUGCAUAGAAUGCAACAAGCUACAGCACAUAAGUUGCUAUGUGCAAAGCCCAGCCAACAGUAAAGACGCGGAGAAUUAUAAAAUCCUGUGUGUAGUAUGUCGGUUGAAAGAUAUGGACCCUUUUUACCCAAUGAAAAAAGUCUUGUGGCUUAAAAGCCUCACAGUUAAUUCGGAGAAGCUUGUAAUCAAUGCAUCCGAUAUAAAAAGUUGGAAAAAUGAAAAUAAAGAAGUGAUAAUUUUUUGUAUCCAUUUGGAUAAAAAAAACCUAUGUACCAAUAUUUCUAUAAAACAAGAAUGGCCCAAAACCUUCGUUUUAAAAGUAAAUGGAAAUAUUAUCGAAAAGGUAUUUGAACCCACAUGGGAACACAAAAGGAGAGAUAGCCCUUUAAAAAUUACGCACACGUUAAAGACAGGACAAAACAACAUUGAUAUCAGUAUGACAAAUUACGAAACGCCAAAAUUAUUUGUUGUAGCUUUUUUAUUAUGCAAAAUAGAAACGGAGCAAAACAUUAUACAACAUGUUAUAUCCAAAAGUGAAUUAAACUUUAAAGAUUCUAAAGAAAGAAUAAUCACCAUCUUAUCUACCAAGCAUGAUGAUGAUGAAGUUAUGUGUAUGGAAGUUAAUAGAAGAAUUAGCCUCAACUGUCCUUUCGCCUUAGACAGAAUUGAGAUACCUUGUAGAGGCAUCAAAUGUUGCCACAUACAAUGUUUCGAUUUGAAGUCCUUCAUUGAUGUGACAAAGAAAACCAAAGCUUUUAACAAUAGAUGGAAGUGUCCCAUUUGUUCUCUAUUUCUGCGGCCGAAGGAUUUAAUUGUAGACAUGUUUAUUACGUAUAUACUGACUCAGGUACCAAAAGAUAUUAAGGAAGUUGAGUUGAGCAAAACUGGAGAAAUAAUUUUUAAUCAAAACACCAUCGAGGGGAAGGUUGUCAAACAGAUUGAUGACAUAGACACGGCUACUUUGCAGAAGAGCAGGGUGGACAUUAAGACGGAGAGCAGCAUGGAGAACAUGAAGGAAUAUCAACCAGUUAAGGAUAACAACACAUUCAGCCAAAACGAAAUAAUCAUAGUCGAUUCAGAUCCUGAAGAUGACGACAAUAGCACUGCUCCGCAAAAUGUUAACCUGCAGAAGAAUCGUAAUUUUGUACAAGCUGCAGGCCAACAUGAAGUCAUCUGCAUUUCAGAUAGUGAUGAAGAGGAAAAUGAUAAUUUGGCGUCACACAACAGGGACAAGAAAAUAAAAGAAAAAGAUACCUUCCUGAAUGAAAUGAAAAAUUUUGAAAAUAGGAAAUGUGUAAAUGAUUUCUUUAUGAGAAAUAUGAAAAGCUUGGAAAAAAAAAACGCUCUACCUAAUUCGCAUAUAUUAUUUAACGACAUGGUUUUGGAUGUACUAAAUGAUAUUAAUAAAAUUCACGUCAAUGAAAACUUAUCCUAUGAUGUGCAGAAUUUUGAUUCCAUGCAAAAAGAAAGUCUUGCCCAACUGAAUCGUAGUUUUAAUGAAAUUACCAAUGAUCCUCUUUUGAGUUAUUAUAAUAAUUCCAAUGUGUUAUCCAAAGAUUUAUAUUUCCUUAACACUAGUUUGGAUGCCCUUGGUAUGAAGCCUAUUGGAGAAAUCUCCAGUUUUGUCGAUUCCGUGUACCACCUGGAUCCCGUCGAUCAUGCUGACGAUGUACAGAAGAGCCAUUUGCACAUGUUACAGUUGGCCAAGAAUGGGCUUCCAAGAGACCCUGGUGAACAGGAGGUGAACAAUCAUGUCGGCGCUGAUAGCGGGGGAAGGAAUAACGUGCAGGAUACGGAUGAUAAGUGUGUUCAAACGGGUGCAAAGGAGGACACCACAAAUGCUGAGGAUGCACCGCCACAUGGCAAACAUGGUAAGAACACCCCUAUUGAUGUGGAAAACAAACGCUCUCCUGACAAUUCAAGUGUGAACGAAACGGACCCUACAUUAUUCCAGGAUAAGAAUCUCACUGCCUUCAAUGACACCGAAAGUGUGGAUAAUAGCAAAGGAAGCUUUUGCCUCAAAUUUGAAAAUAAUAAACCCCUCUUUGAUGAAAACAAUUUAGUAACGAAUGAGAUAAAGACGCUGAAGGACUUGGAGCCUGUAAGCAAUCUGAGCGGCCAACUGAACAGUCAACUACUCAUUCUGCUUCAGGAGCAAAACAGCCCAAGUAGCCACAACACCCAGAGAAAUGCAGACAAUCAAAGGAGGAGCAAAAAAAAAAACAAAAGUAAUAAAAGAAGCAACACCUCAGAAAAUUUAAGAAAGUAUGAUAGCAUGUGUAGCAAUUUUAACCUCUCCCUAACCAAUUACCAAAAAAAACGCGACAAGGCUAAGCAGUUAAAAGAUAUCGGUAAUGGCAAGAACGGCUCCAGGCACAAGUAUUGCAGAUUUAGUAACAUCCACAUGAUAAAUAAAACGCAUAAAUGUAUAAACGGUGGAAGACACUCAAAAAAGAAAAUUAACAAAAAAAAUGAUAAUUUUAAAGAAAAAAAAAAAAAUACAAGGAAAGAAAAAAAGUAA